UGAAGAAAUGUAUUAUAGCUCUAAUCUGACCUCUCUGGCUUGUCUACAUCUCUUAACAUAGCAAUAUAGCAUCCAAAGCUCAAAUAAGUUUCGAAGAUUUCAUGAACAAAGGGGAUUCAAAACCUAUGAACCCCAAGAAAGAAGGCUCUACUCGGAAGAUUUCCAUAAUGAAGGCAAAGGCUGUUUCCAAGACCAGCAGUAAGAACAUGUUGAAGAUUAAGAAGACUAAAAUGGGCGAAAUCUCAAAAUAGCACUUCUAAGAACAAAGCGAUCAAGAUGUCCAUCAUCAAGGAGGAAACCAAGGACUUUGGCACUGAGGAUGAGGGCGAAGAUGACUUCGAUAGUUACACUAAGGCCAUGAAUGACAUCCACACGAAGGAAGAACCCAAGCGGACUAAACGGAGCAGGAAUAAGAAAGUUCCUGUAGAAAACUCAGUAGGAGAGCUCUCCGAGAGCACUAAGGAAAGGAGCAAGAACUUCAAGACAAUCACAAAGAGGAUUGCUAAGGAAAUAUGUGUUAUUGAGGAAAAAAUCCUGCUUGAGAUGUACCUUGACGAUAAGAGCGAGAAAAGAAAGUCCAUCCCUGUUCACAACUUUGACGAUAAUCUUCGUGAAAAGAUUAGUAAAGGUAAUUCUAGGAACAAUUCGCCGUACAAGAGCCAAAUGAUCCAGCAACGUACUGACAAUGCUGAGUUAGGGGGCCUCCUUGGGUUCAACAAGAGCAAGCCUAUACGGUCUCAGACUCCUAAUAUCAAGAAAGAAAGGAAGAAGUUAAAGGACAACUCUUCAUUAUCUAGCUCAUCUUUGGGCAAGAAAAAAGCCCGCGCUCGCAAGCAGCAAACCCAGCUUUUAAAAUCAAAUGAUAAACUCAGAUCUGGACAUCCUAAGGUGAAGAGACUCAAGCUUCAGAAAAUCAACGGAGCUCUUGCAAGAGGGGAGAGCAGCUUGAUUGAUAAUAAGGAAAUUGAGAUUAAGAAGAGUACUUACAAAUAAUGUGUCUAUUCAGACAUCCCCGAAAAGAACUGAGAGUAAGUCCAAGCCAAAAAGAAUCACAGUACAUAAAUAAGCUUCAAAGUCCACCCAAAGAUGGUGGAUUUAAUUCAGAUUUUCCUUCACGAGAACGAAGAAGGGAAGACUUGAAGCGACUAAAUUUCUCAAGAGUUAGCCCUGGUUUACCACUUCAAGCAAGAUACUCAACCCCGAAUAGGAACUCCUCGAUGCACGAGAAACCUCGGGCUCAUAUAAAGCCUCCAGUUCCUAGUACGAAGGAACUAAAGGAAAGAUCAAGAAGGAUAGGGAGACCUCCGCUUAGAGGAGGCAAGCUUGGGACGAAACUGUCUAAGACUCUUAAUAAAAGUGAUGAGACUAGGACUGACCCAAUGCUUAAGAUGUUCCAAAGGUUUAAGAAAAGUCUGAAUUUGAACAGUCCUCAAGACAACCCUUCAAGUCUCCCUGAUAUCCAUCUAAGGACCACCUUCAGCCAGAAUUUGAGCUAUGAAGAGUACUCCAAGCUGAGGAAGAAAGGAUGGGACGGGUCUCUUAGCCACAAGUUAUUCUCAGCUCUGGAGAAACAAGAGAGGGUCAAGAAAUAUGCUCAGUCUACUAUCAAGAACCAUACUCCACAUCAGAGUAAGAUGAAGAAGAUGGAACUUAAGAACAGAAUUCGGAUUUUGAAGGAAGCUCAGAUGAAUAAACCCCCUCAAAGAUUCAAGCUUCAGCAGUUUAAGAGGGUCAAACUUGACCAACUGUCUGAGAUUAAGUCAGGUGACUUGAAGCUGAAGAUAGUCUAAUGUAUCA